AUGAAGCAUCCCAUGUUUCUGUCCUUUUUGGGUUAUAGAGCAGAGGAACAAAUUUACAUGUUCAACGUUAGAGCUGGGUCACAUAACCUGACAGAUCCAGCGCCCUCAGAAGUUGAGUAUGAAAUCGAAGAAAUCAUUGUGCAUCCUGACUACAACGCAAUCACCAUUGACAAUGACAUUGCGCUAAUGAAAAUACGACAGACAAUUGUAAUGACAGAUGAGAUCAGUGAAGUGUGUUUACCAGAGCAGGGCGAAAUGCAUGUACAUGGAGACGAAGCUUGGGCUACUGGAUGGGGUACUUCUAUGGGAACGGCUGAUAAUAGAGCACUACAACAAGUGAUGCUUCCUUUUGUGGAUAACACGAUUUGCAAUACGAUACAUGAGGGAGAGGUGACAGAAAACAUGUUAUGCGCUGGGUAUAUCGAUGGUCAUUACGAUACAUGUUCGGGUGAUAGCGGCGGUCCAUUAGUUAGACAAGAUCCAGUUACACUAAAGUGGGUUUUAUAUGGACUGACGAGCUGGGGAUACGGUUGCGCUGACCAGAUGAGUCCCGGCGUCUACACCAAAGUCAGCAAUUACGUUAACUGGGUCAACCAAAAGAUGUACCAGAAUCCCUAAAUGAUCCGUUUCGUUUAUCGGAUUAUAUUUUGAGUAAUAAAAAAAAUUAACU